AUAAUACCUCUUGCACUCGUUUUCAACGAACCAUCCCAGAAGAAAUAUCAUACCCCGUUCUUCCUCCUUCUUUUUCUUGCUCUAUAAGAUUCUCUCUUCUGAUUUUUUCUCUCUAUCAACCCCUUCCCCUUGCUUAUUAUACCUUCUUUUUGUUCACUUCUUCUUCUUCUUCUUGGCACCUUGAAUAUUCAUUCACAGAGAAGAAGGUUAUAUAAUUAAUUGGUCCGGUUGAUACUUUCAGAAUCUUCCUCUGUCUUGCUUGUGCUUGAAGCAUUACUUGCUUUCCACGACACUGUUUUCUUCUUCCUUUUUCCUUUUGUUUCCUUAUCUACAAUUCGAAAUUAACAAUUGAAGAGUCAUAGGUUCUGCCUAAACAUUUCUUUCGUCCAAAUCAUUGGAACCAAUGAACAAUCUCAAACUUGCUGUAGAAGUUGUUAGUGCUCAUGAUCUUGCUCCAAAAGAUGGUGAAGGCUCAUCUAGCGCUUUCGUCGAGCUUCAAUUUGACGGCCAGAAAUUUCGCACCACGACUAAAGAGAAAGAUCUGAGUCCUGUUUGGGAUGAGACUUUUUACUUCAACAUCACUGAUCCAAGCAUGAUACCAAGCCUCAAUCUUGAAGCCUUUGUAUAUCACUACAACAAAACCAAUGGCUCAAAAGUCUUCCUUGGUAAAGUCCGGCUAACCGGAACCUCCUUCGUCUCGUAUUCUGAUGCUGUUCUUCUCCACUACCCUCUUGAAAAGAAACGUUUCUUUUCUAAGGUACAAGGAGAACUUGGUUUGAAGGUGUAUGUUACAAAUGACAAUUCUAUGAGAGCUUCAAACCCUCUUCCCGAUUUCUUUCAGAAUAACACAUAUCACAUUCCAAUGCAAGAUCAAACACAAUUACCAUUCCCUGAUCCAGUCCUUAGAGAAAUUCCAAUUAAGAAAACUCAGCCAAAUAGGCACACAUUCCAUAACAUUGCUAAAUCGAAUAAAGGCGAAAAGCAGCAGCCUAAUUCGGCUGGAGCCGCUGCUGCUGCUGGGGUGCCUAAUGUAUCAUUUUCCAUGAAUGAGAUGAAAUCUGCAAAACCUGCUGCAAAAGUUAUGAAUGCAUUUGCAGGCUCAGCAUCACCAGUUGAUCAUGUUGUUAGAGAGACUAGUCCUGUUCUUGGAGGGGGAAAAGUGGUUGGUGGAAGGGUGAUUCGAGGAAAUAUACCGGCCAGUACCUAUGAUCUUGUUGAACCAAUGGAGUACCUUUUCGUCCGAGUUGUUAAAGCUCGAGAUCUUCCAUCCAUGGAUGUAACUGGAAGCCUUGAUCCCUAUGUUGAGGUGAAGAUUGGAAACUUCAAAGGGACCACAAACCACUUUGAGAAAAACCAAAGUCCUGAUUGGAACCAAGUUUUUGCCUUUGCAAAGGAGAAUCUUCAGUCAUCAAUUCUUGAAGUUGUGGUGAAAGACAAGGAUGUGGUGAUAGAUGAUGUAGUUGGGAAUGUGAAGUUCAAUCUCUAUGAUGUUCCCCGGCGCGUUCCCCCAGAUAGUCCUCUAGCUCCAGAAUGGUACCGGAUUGAAAACAAGAAAGGUGAAAAGAACAAUGGGGAGAUAAUGCUUGCAGUCUGGUACGGCUCUCAGGCCGACGAGGCUUUUCCUGAUGCUUGGCAUUCUGAUGCCAUAUCUCCUAAUGGAAGCUCUUCUUCUUCUUACUAUGCUCAAAUCCGGUCGAAAGUUUACCAUUCGCCACGGUUAUGGUAUGUGAGAGUUAAAGUAAUAGAGGCACAAGAUUUAGUUCCAUCAGAGAAAUCAAGAAUACCAGAUGCAUAUGUCAAGGUACAGAUUGGUAAUCAAAUCUUGAAGACUAGACCAGUUCAAUCAAGAAUGAUGAAUCCUCAGUGGAAUCAAGAUUUGAUGUUGGUUGCAGCUGAGCCUUUUGAAGAGCCUUUGAUCCUUACUGUGGAAGAUCGCCUUGGAAACAACAAAGAUGAGACUAUUGGCAAUGUGAUUAUCCCUGUCGGAUCAAUUGACAAGCGCGCAGAUGAUCGUCCCAUCCGAAGCAGAUGGUAUCCUUUGGAGAAAUCCAUGUCAUCUGCUAUGGACAUGGAGAAUGGAAAACACAAAGAGAAGGACAAAGACAAGUUCUUCAGUAGAAUCCAUGUGAAUGUUUUUCUAGAAGGUGGAUACCAUGUUCUUGAUGAGUCUACUUAUUAUAGCAGUGAUCUUAGGCCUUCAACAAGAGUGCUAUGGAAGAAACAAAUUGGUGUCUUGGAACUUGGAAUUUUAGAUGCUAAUGUGAUACCAAUGAAGACCAGAGAAGGCAGGGGAACGUCGGACGCCUACUGUGUCGCGAAAUACGGACAGAAAUGGGUGCGAACGCGGACGGUUAUAGGCAGCAUUAGUCCAAAAUUCAAUGAGCAAUACACUUGGGAGGUUUAUGAUCCUUCCACGGUUCUAACUCUUGGAGUUUUUGAUAAUGGACAGGUAAGUAGCUCUAAUGGAAAUGGCAACAGAGAUUCAAAGAUUGGCAAGGUUCGGAUAAGGCUAUCGACGCUAGAAUCCUGCCGAAUCUACACGCAUACUUAUCCAUUGUUAAUGCUUCAUAAUUCUGGUGUCAAGAAGAUGGGUGAAAUUCAUUUGGCAAUUCGAUUCUCGUGCACAUCAUUCGUUAACAUGUUGAAUUUAUAUUUCAAGCCUCAUUUGCCAAAGAUGCAUUAUGUCAAGCCACUAAAUAUUAUAGAACAGGACAGGCUGAAACAGCAGGCUGUGAUCAUUGUUUCGGCGCGACUUAGCCGCGCCGAGCCGCCUCUUAGGAAGGAGGUAGUUGAGUACUUGUCUGACUCAGAUUCACAUUUAUGGAGCAUGAGGCGAAGCAAGGCGAAUUUCAACCGUCUGAAAAACGUUUUCUCAGGACUAAUUUCGGUUGCAGGGUGGCUUGGGGAGAUUUCCACGUGGAAGAAUUCAGUUACAACGGUUCUUGUGCACAUUCUUUUCCUUAUGCUAGUUUGCUUCCCUGAACUGAUUCUACCAACAAUAUUUCUCUACAUGUUUGUUAUAGGAAUGUGGAAAUGGAGGUUUCGACCCAGGUACCCGCCACACAUGGACACAAGGCUUUCUUGUGCUGACGUGGCGAAUCCUGAUGAGCUGGAUGAGGAAAUGGACACGUUUCCAACCACGAGGAGUUCGGACAUCGUCCGGUGGAGGUAUGAUCGGUUGAGAAGCCUCGCCGGACGAGUCCAGAGCGUGGUUGGAGACAUAGCGGCCCAAGGGGAGAGGCUGCACGCGCUUAUAAACUGGCGCGAUCCACGCGCCACGGCGAUAUUUAUGGUGUUCUGCAUUGUGGCUGCAAUUGUGCUUUAUGUUGUGCCUUUGCAGCUGAUGUUUAUUGCCGUUGGAUUUUAUUUGAUGAGACAUCCUAAGCUUAGGAGUAAGACACCACCAGCACCUGUUAAUUUCUUCCGCAGGUUGCCUGCUCUUACGGAUAGCAUGUUGUAGAUACAACACUUUCUUUUCUGCUGCCAAUGUUUGAAUAUGGAUAUUUCAAGUUUUUAUUGGCAGUGCUGUUGUACAAUUUUUUUCAUGUAUAUAUUAUGUCUUGGUUCAUUGAGUCAUGGACCUUCAUACAAAUAUAUUUUUUUAUCGGAAAUUUUCACCCUUAUUUAGUAGAUGUAGAUGUUAUCACAACUAA